AUGAGUGAUCACGAGUAUGAUGAUUUAGAUGAUCUUUUGGAUGAAGAUCCAAGCAAGCUGGAAAAUGCUGUUGGAGGUGGAGAACCUAGUGGUGAUCCAAACGAAUCUGUAAUGGAGGAUGGUGAUGAUGAGGUGAAGGCUAUGAUGAGUGAGUUAGAGAGUGAGUUUCAGAAUUUGAUGAAAAACGGGGGUGCUGAAGGUGAAGGUGAAGGUGCAGGUGAAAAUAGUGAAAUUGCAGAGAAUUUUAGAGAGUUGAUGGGCAUGUUGGGCAAGAGUGCUCAGACAGAUGUCAAGAGUAAAAGUGAUAAUGGGGAGAAGUCUAAUGAGUUCAAGGAUAUUGUCGCUAAUACUUUGAACAAGAUCAAAGAGAAUGGUACUAAAGUUGACGACAAACUUCGUGACGAAAAGAAAAAUAUGAACAAUAGCGAUGAUUUGAUUAGUCAGUUGUUGUCAGGGAUGUCUGAUGUAGCUCCUGAUGGGAAUUUGGACGACACGAUCUUGGGUCUUUUAAACCAGAUGUCCAGCAAGGAGGUCCUAUAUGAACCUUUGAAAGAAACCCAUUCGGAGUAUACCAAAUGGUUUGAAGAUAACACUACAGCCGAUGAAACCUAUUCAGAAGAAGACCACACUAGAUUCAAAAAGCAGUACGGCAUCAUUGGUCAGAUAAUACAAAUCUACGAAGCACCAGAAUACAACAACGAGAAGGACAGACAACAAUUGACCGAUUUACUAGAUGCCUUGGAACAAUUGGGCAAUUCGCCGGUUAAUAAUUCCUUAAAUAACACUACCAACGCACCAGAACUGAACGAUCUGUUGGAAAUAGACGGUAACGAUCCAAACUUCCAGAAUCUAGAAAAGGAGUUACAAGAUACCUGUCAACAGCAGUGA